AUGGCCGUUCCGCGAUCGAAUGGCUCAGCGCCGCCGGAGCCCAUCAAGUACGCCUACAUGUUCGAGACAGACAAGAGUCCGACAAUGCAGUUUGAUGCUCUACUGAGAUCAAUCGCGCGCUUUAUCGUUGUUGAGCUUGGCGACAAGAAUGAUUCUCAUCUUACUCCCAAGAAGCUCGCUGCGUUUUACAAAGCCGUGGGUGGUGAUUAUGACUCCUUAUUCAUGGAGACUCCUCACUCAACCAUUUCCUACAUGUGGUCAGUGACGGGUUGCCAGCACAGUCUGCAGCCUACUGAGAACGACUUUGCGCCCCCUUCCAUCCCUGCCUUGACGCCCCGGGGCUUCUCGCGCUGGGAGUCGGUAGAGAUCCUUCUCGGACCUGAAGAGCAUGUGCCCUUCAUCCAGUAUGCUGUCAAGCAUUGGGCCCUGAGGCAUCCCGAGACAGGCCAAGCCUUCCCUCCCGACCUUCCCGCCAGCGUCUUUCCCGCACAAUCGGAUCAGGCAGUCGACCGCUGGCACAAGCAAUGCGCCGAUACUUUGCGCGACGAAGCGUUCAAGGAGGGAGAGGAAGCAAGCAUGCCCAGCUCCAGCUCCGCGUCACGACCCGGGCCCUCUCCAGAACCUGCCGCCCCCAGGUUCGCCUACGUUCAUACCGCGAAUCCCUUCCGCCCGGUCUCACCUCGAUCGAGGGCUGCUGAUCCGAAUCAGUCCGAAAGGCCUCCUAUGCGUUCUCCCGAACGACCUCGCCGCCAGAGACCCGGCGAUGACGCCUCCAGACGUCGAAGCUUUUCCGACUAUGCUUCCACGCGCCAACCACACGCAGACGGGAUCCGCCAUAGCUACUCUGGGACCUAUCUCAACCCAGAUCCCAGCCGAACAACGCCCAGCCGACCCGGACAAGGCCGUCGGCACAGCCACGUCCAGCAUCACUCGUCUGAUGAGUCGUCAGGCGAUGAAUCUGUGGAUGAACCGGUGCAUGUGAGAGCCAGGCAGCGACAACGUGCCGGCUCACCCCCAACUCCCGGCGUUCGCCGAGUUGUCCCGCCAUCAUCGGGGCCUCCACCGUCGGCGGGCUCCAGCGUUCCUUCUUUCCGGACCCAUCGCAGCGAUAGUCGGGCUGAAGAUGCAAGGAGAAGGGCUAGCCCGUUUGGCAACAUUAGGGACAAGGUCUCGGAGACGGUUUCCAACAUACUCCCAGGUAGUCAUAGCCGCAACAGCUCAAGACACAGCUCCGUCAACGACCCUAUCCGCGUGCGGAGAAGUCGCGAGCACAUUCCCCCAUCCCGAUUGAAUCAGAACCACUCAGAUCUUGCCUCGGACGGCAUAUCAGAAGAAGACUCUAGCGGGGAGGAGCUCCGCCGCCGCGAAGAAUUGCAUGAGCGGGACCGGCAGCAGCGGCACCCACGGGCUCGUCCAGAUCCAGGGCGACGCACCAGCAGCCAUGCCGAUGCCGACAGGCGGCGAGACCCGGGAUGGGAUAUGCGAGACAGAGAUCGUAUGAGGGAAAGGAAGUGGGAUAGACGAUCCAUGGAAGAGGGUUUGUCAAACGGAGGAAUGCCCAAUCGGCGAUACCAGGAAUCGGCUUACACCUAA